AUGACCUAUGUAGAUUAUGGUGGUAAAUAUAUUAAUUGUCCAUUUAAUUGUACAGUGAAUGCAACAUCGUUUGCAUGUUCUCCAGAUGAAAAUGGACAGACUCGUGGAGAUUGGAACGAUGGUAAACAAACUUUUCAGGAUCCUCUGCCUGUCGGAUCCACUCUGAAGGCGGUUGGCUUUGAGUUGUUGGGCACCUUCAAUUGUGCCAGUGACAGUAGCGUGAAGACACAGCUGCUGAUUCUGCUGCAGGGCGAAGAGAUUGGAAAUAUAUUUACAGUGAGCGCUGAAUCCACUUGUAUGUGCGCCAAUUGCUAUACGAAUGUGACGAUUCCUUCGUAUCCGGUGAUCGUUCCACUCUACAAUUACAGUGGUAUCAACAUGUUGUCGAUCAACGUCAUGAAGAACGGAAUCUGUUUGUUCAACGUACGUACUUUUCUCUACUACUCGCUGCCAGCACCAAUCACUACGGCAACUAGCAGCGCCACCGCCACAACCUCAACAGCAUCCACCUCGACAACUGGCGGUCUCACUACCACAGCUACCACUUCAUCUGGACCAUCGACAACAGGUGGAGGUAAAAAUACACCCAAGGGUGGACUGACAACGAAACAGUGGGCAAUUAUUGCAUCAUCGGUGACAGGUGGUGCGUUGGUAUUCAUUUUACUGUUUGUCUAUGUAAGACAAAAAAUUGCAAGAGUUGGUUAUGUCGAGCUGAAAGAAGGAAAGAACAUAGAUAUAGGUGAGAUUAAACUAGGUGAAAGAAUAGGUAAAGGAAACUUUGGAGAGGUAUUCAAAGGUCAUUGGAGAGGUGCUGUCGUUGCAAUUAAGAAACUUCCAGCACAUAACAUCACUGAAACAGUUAUGAAAGAAUUCCAUAGAGAAAUAGAUUUAAUGAAAAAUCUUAGACAUCCAAAUGUUAUUCAAUUUUUAGGAUCAUGUACAAUUCCACCAAAUAUUUGUAUUUGUACAGAAUAUAUGCCAAAGGGAUCACUCUAUGGAAUAUUGCAUGAUCCAUCCGUUGUGAUUCAAUGGAGUCUGUUGAAAAAGAUGUGUAUGGAUGCUGCCAAAGGUAUUAUUUAUUUGCACAAUUCGAAUCCAGUGAUUCUUCAUCGUGAUCUCAAAUCACACAAUUUGUUGGUCGACGAAAACUUCAAGGUUAAAGUAGCAGAUUUUGGAUUGUCAACGAUCGAACAGACAGCGACAAUGACAGCAUGUGGAACACCAUGUUGGACAGCACCAGAAGUUCUCAGAAAUCAGAGAUACACAGAGAAGGCCGAUGUCUAUUCAUUUGGAAUCGUUAUGUGGGAGUGUGCUACUCGUUCCGAUCCAUAUUCUGGCAUGCCGCCAUUCCAAGUUAUAUUUGCAGUUGGACGUGAAGGAUUGCGACCUCCCAUCCCUCGAAACUGUCCACCAGACUUUGUUGCCCUCAUGACCGAUUGUUGGGCAGAGAAUGCCGAUUCAAGACCAUCCAUGGAGACUGUACUAAAUAAAUUGGAAGCCUUGGAAGUAACUGGUUGGCCAGAUUUAGCUGUUCCAAGAUAA